UCAAGUUUUGAGUAAUUAUAUAUUUUACAUAAUUACAUGUUCUUUGCAUUGCAGAAAUAGCUUAAUCAUUGUUAUCUACUGAUAACUUUUUAUAGAAGCAUUCAUUCUCUGUGUUUUGAGGCACGUUUCAUCUAACUCUCUCUGGAGUCAUCAAAUGUUGCCCAGCAACACUUAUUCUUUAGAUGUAAGGGAAGCAUUACUGACAAACAAAUGAACACUUUGUGAGCUCAGUAUAGUGCUGUUGAAAUUGACAUAAUAUGUCAAUCUGCACUGUAUACAAAUAUCAGAAGACCUGUGGGUAUAAAACAAGGAUUAUGCAAAAAGCUUUACAUAUAAUAUAGGUAGGUGUGGUUUAUGUGCCUCCUCAAAUCACCUGUGGCAUGCAAAUGUUCUUAUUUAGUACCUGCACCUGUGAAGAGGUUGAGAGGCAACCCUGCUUUAUGGUUUAAUUUCAACAAUUUACUGACAGAACCAGGACAUAAUGUUUGUACAAGAAAAGGUCAAUUUAAUAUUUGCUCAUUCUUGGAAAACACCAAAAUCAGCAUGAAAAAACACUGGGGACCUCUGGGGACUUGUGAAGAAAGAAUGGGGACUGCGUGGGGAGAAAAUUCUAGAUAAGUGUCAGGCUUCGCAAAAACCAUCAGAGCAACUGAACAUCUCGUUUUAAGUCCAUGGCACGCUCCAGAUGCAAUGGAAAGCUCCUAUGUCUGUGUCUCUUGCCUUGUGUGAUCGUAAGUCACUUGUUGGUGUACAUCAUGGUGUCCAUUUUUGUAGCCAUCUCCUACUCCCCUCCUCUACCACAGCUGCCCCUCCAUUUCAUUGCCACCGGAGCCUCUGCAAACUCGGGACCUCUUGCAUCCCAUCCAGUUCGGCCCUUCUGGAACCUCAGACUAGAGGACGGGGCACUGUGGAACCGCCUUCAACACAUUUGGGAUAGAGAGCACAACCCCAUAUUGAGAGGUAAUGGCACAAGGUCCAAAGAUCCAAGCCUUGAUGCAAUACAUCUGCAAGACACGGGUAAAACUGGUGCCUGUAAACAAGACGCGGCUUGGGCGUCUCACCUGCAUGACUUUAACACCCUUCCUGAUCAAAUGAAAGAUUUUGUCCUGUCCAUGCACUGCAGGCAUUAUGCUAUCCUUGUGGACCAACCCAACCUGUGUGCUGGGCAGGAGUCUACAACACCGUUCCUUCUGAUGGCAAUCAAAUCGCAAGUCGGGAACUUCGAGAACAGGCAGGCCAUCCGAGAGACAUGGGGAAGGAGCGGCUGGAUCCAAGGGGACAGUGGAGGAAGAAGAUGGUUAGUACGCACUGUCUUCUUGCUUGCGAGGCAGGACACAGAGACAGGGCCUCAUCCAGACCUAAGCGCCUUAUUGAAGCUGGAGAGCAGCACCCAUAGUGACAUCCUCCUGUGGGACUUCAAAGACACUUUCUUCAACCUCACCCUGAAGGAUGUCCUUUUCUGGAACUGGCUUUCAAAGCACUGUUCUCAUGUCCACUUCAUUUUCAAGGGAGAUGAUGAUGUGUUUGUUAGGACUAAGGCUCUACUGGACUACUUAAACCAUGCUGAAGUACAAAAGACGCAUGGAAAUAAAACAAAAGAACGGGACAAUUUUGUUGUGGGGGACGUUAUUGCCAAUGCCUGGCCCAAUCGGCAACCUGAUACUAAAUAUUACAUACCCGAAAGCUUCUAUAAAGGAACAUAUCCGGCCUACGCAGGAGGUGGAGGGGUGGUUUACACUGGUGCUUUGGCUUUACGUCUGCGGGAGGUCUCUCAUUGGGUCAGCUUGUUUCCUAUUGACGAUGUUUACUUAGGAAUGUGCCUUCACAGGCUCGGGGUGUCCCCCACUCAUCAUCCCGGUUUCCUUACCUUUGACCUUCCAGAAGACCUGCGGGAGAAGUCGUGUGCAUAUCAUAAUGUUCUCCUAGUCCAUAAACGCACCCCGAAAGAAAUGUUAACCCUGUGGAAGGAGCUACAGGUUCCUCCUCAGGAAUGCUAGUGUACACUUGUUCAUGAAUUCAAAUGAAGGUAAAUGAUGCCACGGGGACUUCAAAGUUAUUUUCAUAUUCACCACAAGGUAUUUUCAUGCCAGUUGGUCAUGUUUAUUUGCAUACAAGGCCCUAAUUUUCUGUGAUGUUGGGCUGUGCUCAGAGCUGUGAGAUCAAAUUGGAAUGGCAAGACAGUAGACCAGCUACAAUUAGCAUACAACAUGGCUGACCUCGUAAGAUGGGGUUCUCGGUAGAAUGGUUCUUGUUCUAUGGGAAUAAGCAUGUGAAAGAAUAUCUAGAGGACAAUUGUAGAGUCUCAUGUUGUUGUUAUUAUUUUAAAGGAUUUAGAAGUUUGUAGCCCAAACACCAGGAGUCAUGUCAUUAAUGGAGUGAAUCAAAAAAUGUUCAUCAACAUAAUUCAGCAUUGUAUUAAAAAAAUCUAUGCUACUGGUUCAAAAACAAGAGCUUUACUAUUCUAUCUGAAGCGUUUCAGAGAGUUUGUAGAACUUGGACUGUUAUUUUUAUGCGUUUUCUGCU